ACUGGAUUUGCUGUAACAUGAGCAGAUUACGCAUUGCACACUACAACUACCGGUUAUGAAUCCCAUUACCGAAGCUCCACCACCGCCGUUGCAGCCAUUACCUCCACCACCACAACCACCGCAGCCCCACAGGUCCUCUUCCAGCUGCGGCAAACACCCAGAAGAGCAAUUCACUGGCUUCUGUCCUUCAUGUCUCUGCGAACGUCUCACCAGCCUAGAUCAAUCAUCGUCCGCCGCUGCUGCCUCCUCCUCUCGCCGCCCCUCAACCUCUUCCUCGUCCGCUGCAGCAGCCCUCAAAUCCCUCUUCACCAAAAUCCCUACCACCACCGCCACUGAACCCACCACCUCCAUCAAAAGCAAACCCACCAACAAACCCUCAUUCUUGGCCGAACUCCGUCGUACAAAAUCCUUCUCCGCUUCCAAAAACGAGGGUCUUGGUUUUUCAGGCAUCUUCGAACCCCAACGUAAGUCCUGUGAUGUUAGGGUUCGAAACACUCUUUGGAACCUUUUUACUCUUGACGAUGAAUCCAAAUACAAACCCCCUCAUAUGCACGUUCAAAGCUCUAUUCGCAACACUGAAAAUUUCGCCGCCCAAAAUUUAGGCCCGGUUUCUUCUAAAGUCACCGGGCCAGUUCUCGAGUCCAAGGAAGAGGAUCCUGAUAAUAGCGACACUGACACCUACACUGACAAUGACGAUGAAAUUAGGGUUUUGGAAGAGCCCAAUAACGUGUCAAAUGUGGUGGAAGAAACAGUUCCCGAGAUUGUCGAGGAGGGUAUGGAGAAUGAUAUUAAAAGAAUGAAGGAUCACAUAGAUCUUGAUUCGCAGGUGAAAAAGAAUUCAGGGAUGGACUUGAAGGAAAUUGCUGGGUCUUUUUGGUCUGCAGCUUCGGUGUUUAGCAAGAAAUGGCAAGAUUGGAGGAGGAAACAGAAGCUGAAGAAGCGGAACGGUGGUGGGGAUUCGGUGGCAUUGCCGGUAGAAAAACCCAUUUCUAGGCAGUAUAGGGAGACCCAGUCAGAGAUUGCGGACUAUGGUUUUGGAAGAAGAUCUUGCGAUACUGAUCCGAGGUUCUCACUUGAUGCUGGAAGGAUUAGCUUUGAUGAUCCAAGGUAUUCAUUUGAUGAGCCCAGGGCUUCUUGGGAUGGUCACUUCAUUGGAAGGACUUUUCCUCGGCUUCCACCGAUGGUCUCCGUGGUGGAGGAUGCUCCGGUGGUGCAUGUUUCGCGUACUGAUACGCAUAUUCCUGUUGAAGAACCAAUCAAUUGUAUCAAUGAGGGGGAAGGGAUUCCUGGUGGUUCGAUUCAGACUAAAGAAUAUUAUUCUGAUUCUUCGUCGAGGAGGAGGAAGAGUCUUGAUAGGUCUAGUUCUAUAAGGAAGACCGCAGCAGCUGUGGUGGCGGAGAUUGAUGAAAUGAAGGCAGUUUCCAAUGCUAAAGUCUCUCCGGCCACAAUUGACUAUAUUAAUGGAGGAAAGGUGUUGGUUGGUGAUAGAGACACGGGGGAUCCAAAUUCGAAUUCUUUGAGGGAUGAUUGUUCGGAGACUUUUGAGUUGGCUGGUUUUAGGGAUAAUGCUUCAGUUAUUGGGAAUGGGGAGCGCAAGGGGUUGAAAAAAUCACGCCGGUGGAGUUGGAACAUUUGGGGGUUUAUACAUAGGAGAGGAGGAGGGAACAAGGAUGAGGAUGAUGAGAGGUAUAGCAGAGGAAAUGGGGUUGAGAGGUCGUUUUCAGAGUCUUGGCAAGAGUUGAGGCGGGAAGGGAAUGGUGAAGUGAGAGGAGGUUUUAAUAGGAAAGUUUUUCGGAGUAAUAGCAGUGUGAGCUGGAGGAAUCCAUAUAAUAAUGGUGGACCGUUUGGGAGUACAAGGAAAUCUGGUGUUGAGAUGAAUGGGCAUGGUAAAAAAAGGAGAGAUGAGUUUGUGUUGGAGAGGAAUCGAAGUGCAAGGUAUUCGCCUAACAAUAUCGAUAAUGGGCUCUUAAGAUUUUACUUGACGCCAAUGAGGAGUAGCUGGAGAGGUGGAUCAGGGAAAAGCAGGCCGAAUAACUCACAUUCAAUUGCAAGAAGUAUACUGCGACUGUACUGAGAUUGAAGAAAGAAUGGCAUUUUUCUAGCUCUUGGUAUGCAGAAAGAAUGAUCAGUUGUUAAAGAUCUGAAAACCCGGUUUCAUCAGGUGGUAAUGGAAGAAAGCUACUUAUGUUUACACAACAUAGGAACUUCCAAUACUCAUGAUGGCAGUGGGCUUCAAAAGCGAGAGUGUUGAUGAUAGUGCAGCUCAUUUCUUCCCAUGAUUAUCCGAGCCAUCCUGUCCCAUUCUUAGUUAGUUGAAGUUAUCAAUCAAGGUGAAACUGGGACAUACAAUGUCCUGAAGCUUCCUAUCCCUUCAAAUUUAAACUUUUAUUUUGAAAAACUUGUACAAAAGGCUACUGAAUCAGAAUAUGUAAUGCCCAUGUCCAGACCGUAUCAACUAGAAGAGCUCAGUUCUUUCCGGGAUCCUUUUUUAUCUUUCUUUCUUAAAUUGGUUCUGUAUCUUUUAAUAGAAAUUGGUUAAUGGCUAAGAAAUGCAUUGGGGGAUUUGUUAAAUA